CCUAGUUCAAAUCAGACAACUUGGAUUAUAUGUACGAUUACAUCAGGAGUAAGAAGAUGUUUGUUUAUAUCUGUUAAGAGAAUACAUCUGUUAACCAGGUAACUGAUGUCAUAUGUACCAAUCCGAACCCGCGUUUUCGUUUUCGUAUAAUUGAAUAACCAUGGAUCGCGAAUUUUCCUAAUUGGCAACCCAUACGUAGUAAAUCCUGGCACAGCAUCGGUCCUUUGAGGUUACGCCGGAGUACGGGAUAAUUAUCGUCGCCAACUAGACAUGGGAUAGCGCACUAUCGCUGUUACCUAAAAUCCAAAGCGUCAAUGCAGGCGUUGGCAAGAAUAGCGACGCCUCGCAAUGGAAGGCUCCUAGGAGCUAUAGCUACCCGAUCUUCUGGAGUCCUGAGCCUCUUUGCGCAACCCGCGUCUAAGUGUAUACGAUGGUCCUCGUCAAACUCAAGAUGGUUACAACGACAGGGGAACGACUAUUACCGACGUCAGGCCCUAGUUCAGAAUUAUAGAGGCCGUGCUGCGUUUAAACUGCUUAGUAUGGACACAAAGUACAAGUUGUUCAAAAGAGGACAGACAGUAAUCGACCUAGGAUAUGCACCAGGUAGCUGGUCUCAGGUCGCAUUGGACCGCACAAAGCCGAAAGGGCGUAUUGUUGGAAUCGAUAUCAUCCCGGCGCAGCCCCCCAAGGGCGUGUCAACUAUCCAAGGCGAUUUCCUCUCUCCAAGUAUUCAACAGCUUGUGAAGGAUUACCUCAUCGAAUAUCCGCAACGGCCGGGCUCAUCUGAAUCCGACGGUGAAGAUUUAGAGGAGGAAGGUGUUAUUAUGGAUAGACCAAGCUACAUCGAUGUCGAACGUGCUGAAUCACACGAACCGGACCACGAACUAUCCUCCCAGGAUAGCGAGAGACUUGUUGAUGUAGUUUUAAGCGACAUGUCAGAACCUUGGCCACAAACCAGCGGAUUUUCGAUCAGGACGUUAACCCACGCGUAUAGGAUGAUGAACACGAGUGGUAUGCGCUUCCGAGACCACGCAGGUAGCAUGGACCUCUGCCAUGCAGCUCUACAAUUCGCAAGCGACACACUCAAGGCUGACGGUCAUUUCGUCUGUAAAUUCUACCAAGGCUCCGAAGACAAGGAACUUGAGAAGAAGCUCAGGAAAAUGUUCCACAAGGUCCAUCGCGAGAAGCCGGAUUCGUCAAGAGAUGAAUCGCCUGAGAUGUAUUUUGUUGCUCUGCGCAGGAAAGGCGACGUUACGCUCUCUAGUAUCGAAGGCCAUUAGACGGCCGAAGCUGGGAUCGUUGUAUAUAUAUAAUACGUGUAUUAUCUAUGUAUCAAGUUUAAGUUGCUCACAUAACUAUAGGCAAUAUUCUAAGG